GCAAGCAACUUUCCCCUCUCCCAGGCGCUGCGGUGGCUCGCGGACUGUGGUCGCGGCAGGUAGCUGAAUCCCCGGGCACGCUCCCUGCGCCUCGCCUUCGCGCGCUUAGGUCACUCCCUCCCGGGGUGCACGCUGGGGGUUCCGACCUCGACUCUGUGGGCAAGAUGCCCCUGGGACACAUCAUGAGGCUGGAUCUGGAGAAAAUCGCCCUAGAGUACAUCGUGCCCUGCCUGCACGAGGUCGGCUUCUGCUACCUGGAUAACUUUCUGGGCGAGGUGGUGGGUGACUGCGUCCUGGAGCGCGUCAAGCAGCUGCACUGCAAUGGGGUCCUGCGGGACGGCCAGCUGGCCGGGCCGCGCGCCGGCGUCUCCAAGCGGCACCUGCGGGGCGACCAGAUCACGUGGAUCGGGGGCAACGAGGAGGGCUGCGAGGCCAUCAGCUUCCUCCUGUCCCUCAUCGACAGGCUGGUCCUGUACUGCGGGAGCCGGCUUGGCAAAUACUACGUCAAGGAGAGGUCCAAGGCAAUGGUGGCUUGCUACCCAGGAAAUGGAACAGGUUAUGUUCGCCAUGUAGACAACCCUAAUGGUGACGGCCGCUGCAUCACUUGCAUCUACUAUCUGAACAAGAAUUGGGAUGCCAAGUUGCACGGUGGGGUCCUACGGAUAUUUCCAGAAGGGAAGUCUUUCAUAGCAGAUGUGGAGCCCAUUUUCGACAGACUCCUGUUCUUCUGGUCAGAUCGCCGGAACCCACAUGAAGUUCAGCCUUCCUACGCGACUAGAUACGCUAUGACUGUUUGGUACUUUGAUGCGGAAGAAAGGGCAGAAGCCAAAAAGAAGUUCAGGAAUUUAACUAGGAAAACUGAAUCUGCUGUCACUGAGGACUGACCAGUGCUCUGAAAUCCGCUGGUGUCGUUAUUUUAGCAAUGGUUCCUGAGUUAUUUUUAAGAGUUGAGAUCCAAAGAUGAUGUCUUCAGUGACUCAGUGACAAGGAAAUCUCCCUCCUGCUGAAAUGUCUUGCAUCGUUCACAUCCCUGUCUUGCAUGUGGUACUUCGUGUCUUCUUGCCAUGACUGCAAGGACUGCAUUGAUCUUCAGAUACUCUUUCCAGAUAAACUUUUUUGCUAACUCCAGGAAUACCUGCAGAUCCCUCCUGGCCUGUGGUUUAACUGAUAGAUUUUGGUAUUACUGGCUAUCAAAAUGAGAGCAUGGAAGCACAGGGGAGGGAAUGAGUCUUACUUGCACUUUAUUUACACUUCUUGAUUUGAAAAGAGGUUUGCAAAGAAAAAAAUGGUGACAGAUGCCACAGAGAGACAUCGUUGAAGCCUUAACAGCAGGAAACAGACAUUUGUGUCAUCUGAACAAUUUCCAGAUGUCUUAAUCCAGGGCUGUUGGCUUUUCUGGAGAGAGAAUUAUCACAACCUAAUGACAUUAUUACCUCUAGAAAGGGCUGCUGUCAUAGUCAUCAACUUAUAAGCGUCCUAUGGGGCGGACACUCCUUUUUCCCACAACCUGGGCUUUCUGCCUCUGAUCAUUUUGCUGAAAAUAGGACCUUCUGGUCAGAGAUGAGAACACCAGUUAUUCUCUGCUUUCACUUUCUUACCUGGAGAACCUAAUUCUUCAGAGGCUAAUACUAGACAUCAGUUGUUUUAGUUGCCUUUUUGUGGAAUGGAAUUUGAAUUUAAUCAAAGAAAAAAAAAUCUACUUGGUAGUUUAGAGCCAGCUUCUGAUAAUGGUGGCGAAUGACCUUGUCUGCUGAUAUACAAUAAACUGUGCUUCUUGAACUGUUUGAGAGGAGAGGUGGAGGUGGAAAUGUGGGUGUUCCCUUUUUUUU